AUGCAGUUACUUGCCCUCUCCCUCUUGGCCGCUUCGGCAUCCGUGGUGGAUGCUUGCGUGAGCGAUCAUCUCAUGGAUCGAUCGUUUGACUUGAGGCAGUUGGACCUUGCGAAACGCAGCAGCAAACCACCUCCACCCCUCACCGAGCAAGAGUCAAUCUUGGUGAACUCUUUCGACAACAACACCAUUAGCGAUUGGCUAUACUACUAUACCCAUGGCCUGCACAUCGCCGGAACCAACAAGACCAUGGCUCAAUGGACUGCCGAUAGGUGGACUGACUUCGGCGUCCCAUCAUCUCUUGCCGAGUAUUACGUCUAUUUAAAUUACCCAGUCUCCAGUUCUCUGACGCUCACCCUCGCCGAUGGCACUGUCUGGAACGCGGAGCUUGACGAAGAUGUGCUCGCCGCCGAUGACACCAGCAGCUACCCCAAUCGCGUGCCCAUCUUCCACGGUUACUCUGCUUCUGGAGACGCAAAAGCUGAAUUUGUCUACGUUGGCCGCGGUCAGCAAGUUGACUUUGACAGGCUUGUUGAGCUGGGCGUCGAUCUGAAAGGCAAAAUUGCCAUGGCAAGAUAUGGCGGCCCCUUCAGAGGAUUGAAGGUCAAGAAUGCCCAAGAUUAUGGCAUGCUUGGAUGCGUUAUCUUCACAGACCCGGGUGACGACGGGAAUGUGACCGAGGCAAACGGCUAUGUUGCUUAUCCAGAUGGCCCUGCCAGGCAACCCUCAUCCGUACAGCGCGGAUCAGUUCUGUUUUUGUCCACUGCUCCUGGUGACCCUACCACUCCGGGCUAUCCCUCGAAGGAAGACUCGCCUCGUGCGGACACCAGCCCCGUGGUCCCGAAAAUCCCAUCUCUCCCGAUUUCCUAUGCCAAUGCUCAGAAAAUCCUAGGCGCCCUCGAUGGACAGGGCCAAUCGGCAGACGCUAUCAAUCGCACCAAGUGGGUAGGAGGCCUUGAUGUUCAAUAUUCUAGCGGCCCUGCUCCCGGAGUUGAGCUCUCCUUGUCCAAUGUGAUGCGCGAAGAGGUUGCUCCCAUCUAUAACCCAAUUGGAAUCAUCAACGGAACCAAGGAAGACGAAGUCAUUGUGGUUGGAAACCAUUGGGAUGCUUGGAUCAUUGGUGGUGCUGUUGAUCCCAAUUCUGGAUCCGCCGUCAUGGUUGAACUCGCGAAAGCGCUCGGCAAGCUUCAAGAGUCGGGAUGGAAACCAAAGAGAACAAUUGUUAUGGCCUCUUGGGAUGGAGAAGAAUACGGCCUUCUUGGCUCCUCCGAGCGGGUUGAAGAAUAUCGAGAGAAGAAGUUGGUGUCUUGGGAAGUGGCUCAGACUACACAGCAUUUGUCCACGCUGGUCUUCCAUCGGCAAGUGAAUGUCGGUUCCUCCGGCGGUUCUGGUGACCCCGUCUAUCACUACCAUUCCAACUAUGACUCUUUCCAUUGGAUGGACACAUUCGGCGAUCCCGGUUUCGUCUUCCACAAAGCAAUGGGUCAGUACUUGGCUUUGCUCACGUACCAUCUCGCCUCAGACGACAUUAUUCCAUUCGAAGUGAACAACUAUGGCCCCGAGCUCGCAAAAUAUCUCGCCUCUCUUCGGAAGGUCAUUGAUGCAUCUGGGCUCACUGUUGACUUGUCCCGCUUGGAGGCGGCCAUGGAGGUCCUCAACAAGGCUGCGAAGGCGACCACUGAACUGAGGGACGAAGCUGUUAAGACCGGAGAUGAGCGCCUCAUUGACCUCGUCAACGCUAAGUUCCGCGACUUUGAGAGAGGCUUUGUUAGCCAGGGCGGAUUGCCCAAUCGGGAGUUCUACAAGCACCUUAUCUGGGCUCCUGGCCUUGACACUGGAUAUGCCCCCACAACAUUCCCUGGCAUCACAGAAGCAGUCCAGGGCGGAGACCAGGCUCUUGCUCAAGAGUUCGUGGAGAGGACAAGCAAUGCCAUCUACAUUGCUGCUGGAAUCCUAACGCCAUAA